AUGUCUGCCAACCUGGAUAAAUCUCUUGACGAUCUCGUCGACAAUCGCCGCCAGAACAACCGUCGCCGCGUCGGUCGUCGCGCCGGCACCAAGAAGCCUUCCGUCGGAGGCGUCAAGAAGUCUACCAAGGCUACACCCAAGCCUGCUCAUCCGACUCCUGUCACUCACUCUGCUUCCAGCAAGAUUCUCGUCAGUGGACUGCCUUCCGAUGUUUCCGAGGGCAAUGUCAAGGAAUACUUCACCAAGUCUGCGGGCCCUGUCAAACGUGUCAUGCUGACCUACAACCAAAACGGCACCAGCCGUGGCAUUGCCUCAAUUAUCUUCAACAAGGCCGACACUGCUGCCAAGGCUGCCAAGGAGCUGAACGGACUCCUUGUCGACGGUCGCCCCAUGAAGAUUGAAGUCGUCUUCGACGCUUCUCACGCCCCUGUCGCCCCAGCUGCUAAGCCCCUCACCGAGCGCAUUGCCCAAAAGGCCCGUCCUAAGUCUGCCGCUGCCCCGGCCAAGGCCAAGAAGGAUACCAAGAACACCGCCACCGCUGAGAAGGGAUCCCGCCGUGGCAACCGCGCUGCUGGUGGUCGCGGCCGUAACCCUGGCCGCGGAAAGCCCAAGACUGUUGAGGAACUCGAUGCCGAGAUGGUUGACUACUUUACUACCGACGCGCCCCCCGCUGAGGCUGCUCCCGCCAACGGCAACGUCGCCCAGGCCAACGCUAGCCAGGACAUUGGCAUGAACGAUGAAAUCCUUUGA